AUAAAACCGAACCGAACCCAAACCCAAACCCAUGCGACACAACAACCUUAUUAAACCAAACCUGCUCCAAUUCUGAAGGAACACUGUACACUCUCACUACUCAUGGCUUCUUCUCAUACCUCUCCCUUCUCUCUUCUAUCUUUCCUCUUUCUUAUACUUCUCUCUGUUCUUCUUUCUGUCUCAUCCUCAUCCGACGCUCCACGAACCUACAUAGUCCACGUGGCGCAAUCGCAGAAGCCCACGCUUUUCUCCACACACCACCACUGGUACACUUCCAUCGUCCGCUCCCUCCCUACCUCCCACCACACACCCACCCUCCUCUACUCCUACUCCGCCGCCGCCGCCGGCUUCUCUGUCCGUGUCACGCCUGAACAGCUCUCUCACCUCCGCAGCCACCCCGCCGUCCUCGCGGUCGAGCCUGACCAGGUCCGCCACCCCCACACCACCCACACCCCGCGGUUCCUCGGCCUCGCCGACUCCUUCGGCCUCUGGCCCAACUCUGACUACGCGGAUGACGUCGUCAUCGGCGUCCUGGACACCGGGAUAUGGCCGGAGCUGAGGAGCUUCAACGACGACAACCUCUCUCCUGUUCCCUCCACAUGGAAAGGAUCUUGCGAAGCCUCACGCGACUUCCCCGCUUCCUCCUGCAAUAGAAAAAUAAUCGGCGCCAAAGCCUUUUACAAAGGCUACGAAGCCUACCUCGAUGGACCGAUCGAUGAAACCAAGGAAUCGAAGUCUCCGCGAGACACCGAAGGCCACGGCUCGCACACCUCUUCCACAGCAGCAGGUGCCGUCGUUUCCAACGCGAGUUUGUUUCAUUACGCUCAAGGCGAAGCCAGAGGAAUGGCCACAAAAGCCAGAAUCGCCGCUUACAAGAUCUGCUGGCAAUACGGUUGCUUUGAUUCCGAUAUCCUUGCCGCCAUGGACGAGGCUGUCGCCGACGGAGUUCACGUGAUUUCGCUCUCCGUCGGCGCGUCAGGGUACUCGCCGCAGUAUUUCCGUGAUUCGAUCGCUUUGGGAGCUUUCGGCGCUGCUCGUCACAAUGUUCUGGUUUCGUGUUCCGCUGGGAACUCAGGGCCUGGUCCCUCCACUGCUGUGAACAUUGCACCGUGGAUUUUAACCGUUGGAGCUUCCACAAUCGAUCGAGAAUUUCCUGCUAAUGUUGUUCUCGGAGAUGGAAGGGUUUUCGGUGGGGUGUCUCUGUAUUACGGUGAAAGUUUGCCUGAUUUUAAGCUUCCAUUAAUAUAUGCUAGAGAUGCUGGGAACAGGUACUGUUACCCGGGGUCUCUGCUACCUUCUAAAGUGCAGGGGAAUAUUGUUGUUUGCGACAGGGGUGGGAAUGCUAGGGUUGAGAAGGGGAGUGCAGUGAAGCUUGCCGGUGGGUUGGGAAUGAUUUUGACUAACCUUCCCGAGAGUGGUGAAGAGCUUCUUGCUGAUGCACAUCUUUUGCCAGCUACCAUGGUGGGUCAAAUUGCAGGGGAUCAGAUCAAGCAGUAUAUAAGGUUGAGUCAGUACCCAACUGCGACUAUUGAGUUUAAAGGAACUGUGAUAGGAGGUUCUCCUUCUGCUCCUCAAGUUGCUUCAUUUUCUAGCCGUGGACCCAACCGUCUCACGCCGGAGAUUCUCAAACCUGAUGUCAUUGCUCCUGGUGUUAACAUUUUGGCAGGGUGGACUGGGAGAGUGGGGCCUACGGAUUUGGACCUUGAUCCUAGGAGGGUUGAGUUUAACAUUAUUUCGGGAACUUCUAUGUCUUGUCCUCAUGCCAGUGGCAUCGCUGCAUUGCUUAGGAAAGCCUAUCCCGAGUGGUCACCUGCGGCUGUCAAGUCCGCUUUAAUCACAACUGCUUAUAAUGUGGAUAAUUCUGGAGAGAAUAUUAAGGAUCUUGGAACUGGGAAGGACUCGAAUCCGUUUAUACACGGAGCUGGUCAUGUUGAUCCCAACAGGGCUCUUAACCCUGGCUUGGUUUAUGAUUCUGAUAUUAAUGACUAUUUGGCGUUUUUGUGCUCGAUUGGGUAUGAUGCUAAUCAGAUUGCGGUUUUCACUAGAGAGCCUGCUGCUGCAAACGUUUGUGAAGGGAAAGUGGGUAGGACUGGGAGGUUGGCUAGUCCCGGUGAUUUGAAUUACCCUUCUUUCUCUGUGCAGUUGGGUGGGAGAAAUGAUUUGGUAAAGUAUAAAAGGGUUGUUACUAAUGUGGGAAGUGUUGUUGAUGCUGUUUACACUGUGAAAGUGAAUGCUCCAGCUGGUGUUGCAGUUGCAGUGUCCCCCAGCACACUUGUGUUCAGUAGUGAAAACAAGACACAGGCAUUUGAGGUUGCUUUUAGUAGAGUCACGCCCGAUACUUCUGACAGUUUUGGGUCAAUUGAAUGGACUGAUGGAAGUCACGUUGUGAGGAGUCCAAUUGGUGUUACAUGGAGAAGAAGGACCGGUGAUUACUCAUCAUCCCUUUGAAUGGCUAUGGAGACACAUCAUUCCCAGGUUAAGGAUUUAGUAUCGUUCUAUUUUUUUCUCCUUUUUUAGUGUAAAAGCUACAAAUAACAACUUUGAAGUGGCUGGUGAAGGUAUUCCAAUAAUUUGCGGGGAUGAAGUAAGAACUGGGAAUGAGAUGUGAUCUGUAAGAUGGUUUGUUCAGUUCAGAAUGUUGUAAAUGGCGUCAUGCUGAAAAACCUAGGACAACAUUUGAAUUUUUCAUGCCUUUUAUGGCUUGUCUGAAGGAGCCAUGGACUCUGAUUAUCAUCCAUUUCAAUUGCUCUAUGGUGUUGCUGUGGAAACACAUCAUUCACAGGUUAUGGAUUUAUUAGAAGUCCCAGGUUAUUGUAAUUUUCUGUAAUCUUACUAUUGCCUUGUUGUAAAAAGUACAAAAACACUUUUACAGUAUGCUGUUUCAUGCACGUGUAGUGGGGACAACAUUGAUGAAUGGCUUCGAAAAACUAUGGGACUAAAUUAUGAUCUUUGCCAUGAAAUGUGAUUUGGAUGAUUGUUGUGCUUCUGCA